UCGGAACUGUACUGUUUUCAGUCAGUUUCCUCUGGAGACUCUGCUUCGUUUGACACAUCAUGUUUUCAAAACAUGAGUCUGACUCCGUCCUACCAGGGAGAAACUGCCUCUGCCUCUCCUGAGAGUCCCAGAGAAGGUGACUUCUCCUCUCGACAGUUUUAUGACAACUUGAAGAGCCUGGAGGAGCAGGAGACAUGUGACGACAAGAGAGACCCCAUUGUUAAUAAGGCAGCCGACAAUCACUCCAGCUCCCCUUUGAAAGCUCAGAUCUGUGCUUCGCUGGUGACAAAUGACCUUGAGAAUGUAUGCGCUAGCAUUUCUUCCGAAGAACAGAUUGAAAAAAGACACCAGAGAGAACCAGAAGAUUCAAGUUCAUCAAUGCAGUCCAGCCUCACCAAAUUUCAUGGAGGUCUGCACACUGGAUGCAAGAUUUAUUACUCUGUUCAAAAGGAAGUGGGGGACCUCCAGAUGUUGCAUGAUGAAAUGAACAUUGACAGUGGCCCAGUGUAUUUGAAGCAGACAGAAGAUGACAAGACAGAGGAGGAGUAUGAUAUACCUUGUCUGGGUCUCCCUCGUCUUAUAGCACACAGACGAGAGCCAAAACACACUCUUCAUAUUUCAAAGCUUCCAGAACUUAAAUCUGAAAAGAAUCCUCAUCUUGAUCCUUGUGAUUUCUGCCAGAAGCUCUGUCAGCCCUUCACACUAAGCAAAGUGCUGAAAAAUGAGACCCACUUUGAGAGGGUCUUCUAUUGUGAGCAAGCUAAACAAAUGAGAGAACUCAUCCAGAAAGAGAGGGAGAAUCUGGAUAUGAAAUACUCUGGCAGGAUGAUUGAUGUGGACAUUCAUACAUCUAUUAGCAGACAGGACUGGGAGACUGCAAAAGAACACCAAAGAGGACGGGUGAGACAUUCGCAACGCCAGAGAAUACAAAGAAAGUGUGAAAGCUCAGGCUGGACAUUGUCAAAGGAGAUAAGAUAUGAGCUUUCUGAUGCUGGAAGUACUGUUGGUACGUUAACAUCGCAAAAAGAGACAUAUGCUGAACCAAAGAUAAAAGAUGCAACACAGAAAUUCUACAAAAGUGGGACAUGUUUCCUGAUCAUGUAUUCAGAUGGAACAGGUACUAUUUUUUAUCCCUCUGGGAAACCAGCCAUCGUAAUAUCCUCAUCCGAAGCUCCUCACCUCAAUUACAUAAUCCUUGAGGACAAGGACACAGCCCCCAGCAUCAAAGGCAUUUUCACAACUAAAGGCUACUCUACAUGCUACCAUACCAAUGGAUCGAUAUGGUUGACCCUAACCUCUGGUGGAGGUCUUUGCUUCAGUGAGGCAGGAGACUUGACGAGGCGUUGGAACUGGAUGUAUUUUGACCCACAUGUGCGUAACCUUCCAUUCAGGCCUGUCACCUUCGCCCUGGGGCCAUACAUCAGUGUGCGCAUACAUUCACAAGAGUACGUGUAUGUCACCUUUGUGCAUAAAGAAAACCAUGUACGUUUCAAAGUUGGCACAGAGCUUAAGUUCAUUUCCCCAGAAAGCCAUAACAAGUCAGGGCAAAGCGUUUUGGAGAGAUACAUUCAAAUGAGGAAGAUAGAGAUUUACUCUCUUAUCGACCAAAUGCAAACCUGCAUGUCCCGUUCCUCUGCAAAUGUGCACAACAUAAAGCCACAUUACCGUUUCAUUGCCCGGAAGGAGCAGCUUAGCAAGCAAGCGGAAAAAGAGAAGUCACCCAAAAAGAUAAAGGCUCAUGCAAAUUAAAGGAAGGAGACAAAAAGUGGUUCAUAAUUUGU